AUGUUGCCGGCAAGACAAGAUGAGAAGAUUUGGGCAAGAAAGGUGGAGGGGCCGCCCGUUACCGUGGUGCUCAGGACAACAUUUGCUGUAGAAGAAACAGAUAACGAGAUGUCCGAAGGCUGCUGUUGUGAUGAGAAGCGAGAGACGGUGGUUGGCUCGGUUCGGGUGAAACCAUGGUCGCCGGGGCGUAGCAGCGGCGACGACGGACAGUAG